UCUAUAAUUUAAAAAUAAAAUGGAAAUCUAAUUAAUUUUAUUAGUAUAGAAUUUAACAUUAAAUUAAAUUAAAGAAUGGAUACAAAUACUGCUACAGCAAAUAUAUUGACAUAAACAUAUUGAUUAUGCUUUAUGUCAGUAAAAUUUUAUGAGCUGUAAUAAUCUAAUUAUAAUAUUGAUUAUCAAUAUAUAAAUAAAAUUAUUAAUGAGGGCACUUACUGACGACACAAUGAAACGGCGCUAUUAAUAACUAUAGUGAAUCAGUCACGAUCCAAUUAUUAUCGAGACAUGCUGAUUGGUUGUCCCCGAUGUGGCAAUCGCAACGAAAACUACAAAAGAUACCACCUAACUCUCGGCCCAAUUUUUGCCGUCUGUGCUGUUGCAAGUAACACUGGCAUCUGUGAAUUUACCAAGAAAAAUCAGGAAUAUUAUCUCGAAAAAUCUAUCACGCAUUACAUCGAACUAAGAACCAAAUAAUUACAAGCAAAUUCAAUCAACAGGAAAAGGAAAAUUGUAACGGACGUCAAUUUAAACAAUUUUUAGAUCGUUUAUCUUUAUUACCGAUCUUUAAGUUGUUCAUAUCAAGAAAUAAAGGCCAAAAAAUGGCAGCUUACAUGCCACCGAUUUACAUGCCACUGGAGUCAAAAUGGCGACACUAUCCGACGUACAUCUACGAUAGAAAUUACGGUUAUGGUAUGAAUUACUAUCAGCCGAUGAUUGAUUAUAUGGACAAUAAGCGACUCUUAAUGAGAUCAACUUUGCCGGAAUUUGAAAGAAAAAUAGAAUUACCUGAGCUACCCUGGUCCGACGGUAGGGUCUUAUGGGAGGACAAAAGGAUACAACCCUACACGAGAGACGAUCUUAUUAAGCAUGCGAUCGACGCCGAGGAUGGGGCUAGAGAUCAUUUAUCUCACUUCAAGAUAGCAAAUCGCUCGGACUUCAGCCUGGCCAAGACCGUGCACGCAAGUCGCGUGACCAAGGAGAUUUUUCCGCACACGGGUGAGGAUCUGAAGAGACUGCCGAUGCCGCUGAUGUUCGCCAGCUCUCGCGCGCGCGGCGAGUUCAAGGAGAUCCAGCAGGAGACGGUGAACGAUAUUAAACUGAAGGCGCUGAAGGACGUCCAACUGAUGACCCAGGUGCAUAACGCGUUGGACUAUGGUAAAAAUCUCCGGGGAAGAUCCGCGAAAGCGAUAGAGUUUCAGCUAAGAGCGGAGACGAUGAAGAACCUGACCAAGAGUCAGGAGUUGGCGGAUAUUCGAAAGUUUCAGAGGGAAGUCAUGCAUUCCCCCUGGGAUGACAAAGGAUACGACAGACUCAUAGACGAGAGGACCAAAAGUCUGAUCGACGAGGAUAAGCUGACUCAGCCACUCGAUACGCUUAGCAGGGAGCUGCGCGGAUACGAGCAGAAGAGCAGCAAUUAUUUUCUAGAUAAGAGGUACCAAAAUCGAGCGAGGCAAGAACUUUUGCAUGGUUGUCGAGGAUGCGAGUAUUAUAAUGUUAAGCGUGGCAAAUAGGUAGGAGUUGCGUCCCAACCAAAUUCCUAGUAGCGCGAGAAAGUACCGUGAUAUCUUAAUCUUACUUCUAGAGAGAUAAGAAAAUACGUAGAGAAUUAAAAUAAACGAAAUUUUAACAUCAGAUUUCACAAGCAAAUUUAUCAACUUUUUAUAAAUUCUGAUAAUCCCUUUCUCCUAUAAACAAGAUUAUAAACUUUCAACAUUAAUAACGAUUUCUAAAAAUAAAAUGAAAAUUAGCUUGGAAAAUUAUUUUAUUUCUGACGAUUCUAAUUAUUUCUAGUAGCUGCAUAAAAGCAAGGCAGCCAAGAUUUAAAUCCCAGGAUGGACUAAGUCGGUAAAAGCUAAAACAG